CUCUGCGGUGCUCUGCAUCAGUCAUCAAAAAACCACAGUUUACGCUUUUAUUUUUCAUCAAUUCAUUCAUACACACACACAAACGUGCGUCCACGAUCCGGUAAACAAGCACUGAGUAUAAGAUAUAGACGUACCGUGCGUUUCGAAAACACAACGAAUGGACUUUAAAUAUUUGUUCGGAAACCGAUUAAAAAAUUCCAUGAAGGAACGUAGAAUAUUGUGGAUCCUUGUUGUGACUGUCGUACUUCUCUCCGUGUUGAUUUGGCAAAAUUAUACCAUCAAUCUGUACGCCCGUGCUGCUUUAAAAUUAGCAAUUAUGCAGGUGAUCGACUUGAAGAAUUUCAAAAAUUUACUAUAUGAUUCAUGUCUAGUGUACAAAAAAAUACCAGACCGCGUACUUACCAAUUCAGAUUGUUACUCAUGCGAGAUCAUCAAUCGAGUAACCGUUGUCAAUGAUCCCGAGGAAACGUUGGAAUCGUACGCAGAAUUCGAUUGGCCAGUAGUGUACAAGAGCCGUAUCGUUGCUAAUGUCAGUGCUGAAGACGUAGCACGUGUUCUAUUAACCGGGGACUUUUUACCGUGCGAUUACAAGUCUAACUUGAGAAUCGAUCCACUCCGAGCGAUCGAAAUAAAAUCUGGGUGGUUUAUGCAUUGGAGAAAUUGUGAUGACAUCCAAGGCAAAAAGAUGCGUUCGUUGUACAGACCCGAUUCGUUUUUAAGCAUUUUCGCCGAAACGUGGACAAUCAUUUCGUUAAAAUACAACACAGUACACUACAAAAAAAUCGAUUUGAACUUCGAUAGUAGAGUGGCUGUUGUGCAAAUAAACGGAACAAUUGAUUAUCAAAUGGUACCGAAAAAUCCUUGUUCCGAUAUUUGUAGACAUUUGGACGGCCGUUUGACAACAUAUGACACUUUAAUAUUCAACAAUUUCAUUUGGGAUUUCCAGUAUCUGCCAUCAAACGACACUACCGAGAGCAUAGCUAUUGUUUUUUAUUUAGAUCAAUAAAUCGAAUGUGCCAAAAAAAAAAUUACCAACUACAUUUCGGCUUCCUAAUGUAUAACAUUAAGGUGCGAUCCCACGACGCGUGGCGCGGUGCAAUACAUGCACCGUGGCAGACCCGGCUCAAAAUUUACUUACACCUAGGCAAACUUAAGUUUUGCUGCCCCUUACGUGUAAAUACUACAUAAAAUAUUAUUU